AGUCGCACAAAAGUGGUUGCGUGGUCAGUGAUUAAAUAAAUAAAUACAAUUAAAAUGGGAAAACUGAAAUCGUGGUUCAAAGAAAAGGCGGGAAAGGUGGAGGAAAAGUUUAAGAGUAUAAUUAAUUCCAACAAGAAAGGAGGAAGGUGUGACGAUAGACAGUCGGGCGACAGGAAGCAAGUGAGCGUGCAAGAUGUCCAGAAGAAGUACUGCAUGCCAGAUGAUGCACAUAAGAAGAAGCUUCUGAAAAUAAAAGCUUUUGUGACGGCCCUCGUCCUUCCGUGUCUAGCUGAUGCGUUUGGAAAAUCGGCUGGUAAACUGCCCAAGGAACACUACAGACGAGUCCGUGAAAACUACACCUUCCUCUUGGACUCCAUUGACGGCAAGAGGUUAGCAGAAUUCUUUUUCCAAACCGGCGCUUUUGACCUGGAUGAUCUCGAAGAGGUCAACGAAGGUAAAACCAGACGACAACGUGCGGAGAUCUUCACCAGAAAGGUGUUCCAUUCCGGCGAAUAUGGCUACAACAUCCUUAUGCAUGCACUCAUCAAAGAGGGUUACUAUGACGUCAUUGAAAAGCUAGAGUACAUUACGUUUGAUUAAUUCAAACGAGUGUAAAAUGCAUUCUUUAAUCCUUUAAGCCCGUGGGAACAUAUUUGAAAUGUGUUUGGGGGAAUGAGCAAUUUAAGGGUGUGCAGUGGCAUGCUUCCCACAGUUGUUGGAGGGAUGGGGGGGGGGGGGGGGUAACGCGAUUUUCUAGCAUCUGGAGAACAAAAUAGCAAUGUUUUGGGACGACAAAUUUCACCUUUAAAAGUUAGUUAUUAUCAUUAUCAUUAUUAUUAUCUCUUUGGUUUUUGUACACCUUUAAGCUGUGGCCUGUUCAGAAAGCCGAGCAUUCGCGAACGAUUUUAUUGAUACCAUCCAUCGUCUUCUCACAAUCAGUAUAGCGAGCUACCGCGAUUGUUGGCCCUCCUGAACACGCCUCUAGUAACUCAUCCCCAUGAUUCCUAGGUAAAAUGACGUAACUUCCUGUUGAUAACAUGUAUUUGUAUCAGAAGACUUGUCAGGCGUUCACUGCUUUGUUAGAACAAGAAAGAAAACAAACACAAAGUAGAAGACGUAUUUUUAUUGUGGCAAAGCAUGUAGUUUCCGAUUGUUUAAAAUAUGUAUCUUUCCACGGCGAUUAAACGUUAUUUUGUAAUAUAUGUAGGACAAAAAUGUGUUUUGUGCUCCAUGAUGGCGACCACGAAAUGAGGUUACUAUGGGCUUGGUUCUGAGAGUGUAGUGUUAAAACAUGCACACAUCUGUGAGGUAGGAAUCUAUUUGUUACCUGCUUGUAUGGACACACGUCUGUAUUCCCGGUGUAGUCAUUAGGUGGGACACCGUGUUUCCCACUUAGUAGCAACUUUUUGAUGUGCUUUAUAAAUCAUAUACAUGUAGAAUCUUUUCUCUUUGUCGU